GGUUUUUCAACUAUAAAUAAGACAUCAACAACCACAAGAGUUAACAUCAAAAACAAAAACAAAAACAAUGGAAAACACAUUCAAGUUCCUUAUUUCCAUAAUCUUCUUUACCCUUGUUAUCAAAGAAUCAUGUAGUUGUGCAUUGAACAGCCUUCAAAUUGUCCAAGUAAACACUGGUGCACUAGUACAAGGCAAACCUGUAUGGAAGGUCUCAGUUAUCAACAACUGUAAUUGUGGACAAAGCCAAAUAUUGUUGUCUUGUAGAGGCUUUCAAACUGUGUUAAGAAUUGAUCCAUUAGUUCUUAAAGUGGAAGGUGAUAACUGUCUCUUGUUUAAUGGUCAUCUCUUGAGUUAUAAAGAUAUCGAUGCGUUUGAGUACGCAUGGGAUACAUCAUUUGUUUUUGCUCCUGUCAGUGCUGUUACAAGUCCUCCACCAUGCUAUAGCUCAGAAUGAAAUAGAAGUAUAGUAAAAAAAAUAAUAUGGAUUUCAAAGGAUUUAGGUUAGGAGGCUUUGAAAAUUCAAUGUGAGAUUGUAAUUUUAUAUUUAUAUGGUUGAUGUUCUAAAGUAAUAAGAGCUUUAUAUUUAACUGUUUGAA